GUCCAGUCUGUUGGAGUAAGUGAGAGGCCAGGAAGGGCGGCUCACCGAGCCCCGGGAGGGAACCGCAGCGGCCCGAAGCUAGCGGAGGCUGCGAGAGGCGCGGGCAGCAGAUCCCCGAGGUGGCGGCCCCGCGGGGAUGGGAGGCAGAGCGGCGGCGGCAGGCGGCUGCACCCCGAACUGGCGCUAAGCAGGCUCUCGCCCGCCCUCCAGCAGCCCGGCAUGGCAGCCCGAAAGAGCCACCACCCGGCCCGGGAGAGGGACCAGCUUCCUGCUGCAGCAGAGUGUCCAGGCCAGACUACUUCUGCUUAAAAAACCUGAAGGACUGAGAGGAAGUAUCAGCAUGGGCUCUCAACCCUGAGAAUGGACUUUCCAAUGAGGGAACCAUAAAGUUCAGCCUUGGACAGCAGUUACAAACCAAGCCUUAGAUGUCGCAUGGAGAACAGUAAAGGGACCAGUGAUGUUGGGCAUAUCAUUUCUUGCUGCUGCCCUCUGCCACUUAAGAAGCCUAUAUUUAUAUUUAGGACAUCGGUUAAAAUGGUGGAGCGGAUACCUGCAGAGAAAAUUCAAAAAAAACCUCAGUGUGGAGGCAGAAGUUGAUCUCCUUGGUUAUUGUGCAAGAGAAUGGAAAGGAGAAACAAGCCGAGCCAAGCUGAUGAGGAAGGCUUAUGAGGAACUCUUUUGGCGUCAUCACAUUAAAUGUAUCCGGCAAGUCAAAGGAGAUAACUAUGAUGCAUUAAGAUCAGUCCUUUUUCAGAUACUCAGCCAGGGCCUCUCUCUCCCAUCCUGGAUGAAAGAAAAAGACAUUGUAAAGCUUCCUGAAAAGCUACUCUUUUCACAAGGUUGUAAUUGGAUUCAACAAUACAGCUUUGGCCCUGAGAAAUAUACAGGCCCAAAUGUGUUUGGGAAAUUACGUAAAUGUGUUGAAUUAUUAAAGAGUCAGUGGACAGAGUUUAGUGGUAUUAAGGACCAGCACAAGAGAGGAAACAUGUGUAACUGCCUUUUUUCUGAUGAGAGCCUGGAGUACAAGCUGUAUGAAGCUUUAAAAUUCAUCAUGUUAUAUCAAGUCAUCGAAGUGUACGAACAAGGGAAGAGUGAAAAGGCCAUUCCCAGUCUUUAUCGCCUCCUGUUUUCCAGGGAAACGUCUUCAGAUCCUUUAAGUUUCAUGAUGAAUCACCUGAAUUUUAUAGGUGAUACAUGUGGAUUACAACAGAUUGACAUGUUGAUUCUUGGACACUCUCUUGAAGUCAAAAUAAAAGUGUUUAGAUUGUCUAAGUUUAAUACCAGAGACUUUGAAGUAUACUAUCCAGAGGAACACCACAGGGAAUGGCCUGAGAUCUGCCUUCUGACUGAAAAUGACCGCCAUUACCAUAUUCCUGUCUUUCAAGUAUGAGAUGGAAUUGGUACUAUUGCCUACAAUAGGAAUGAACAUGCUUAAAAUAAGCUAUUGCAUGAAAACCAAAGCUUUUAUCUGGCUACUGAAGGAACUGAACCUUUUUUUCCCUUCUGGAGUUACGCUGUGAUGGAAUAAGACCUAUGUUGUUCUUUUGGGUGUGUGUUUUCUUCAAAAGACACUGAGAACUAGGAUUUAUCUGUUUGUUUUUUACCUAGUUCACAGGAGAUUUGGUUGUUCAAAAUACCUUUGAAUGGCUCAGAAUGUUGACCAAAGUGAGCCUGUAGUUGACCUAGAAAAACUGACCUUUUAGAAGUCUGUAACCUGAAAAUAUUGGAACGUUGUUAACGCUAGCCUCAGUAAAAGAAAAGUCCUACUUGGGAAUCUUUCCAUUUACUGAUUAUGAGUUGAUGUGGCCUUAGCCAUAUCAACAUUAUCAUCUUCAUCCAUCAAGAAUCUCCAUGGUACUUUGGUUUUCUAGAACCAUUUGCUUUACUUUUUAAAAAGAAAAAAAAGAGCAUGCAAGUGGGGAAACUACUUUUAUGCUGUAUUGUAUGAAUUGUUUUAUAUUAUUUUCAACUUUUGUGGCUAGAUCUAAUUGGCUUAACAUUAUGUAUGCAAAAAUGAAUGUUCCUAUUAAAUAUUGCAUAGUUUAAAACAAACAGAUACAAAUACUGUACUGUUUCCGAAAUGUCAAGCUGUUAUGCAUCAUAUGCAUUUUUAAUAUGGAAUUACAUGCUCUCUGAUGUUUGCUUUUGUAUCUAAUGUUAUUUUUGAAUGACAGCAUUUUUCCUCUGUCAUCUACAUCAAAUGUCAUCAGUGUUAUGCUCAAAGAAAUGUAAAUUUAUAAGUUAGAGCUUCUACCAAAUAUUUGCUACUUUGAAGUCAUUCACUUAAGGGGAAGGCAUAAGGACUCAAUAUUCCUUGAAUACAGUAAGGAAUAGUUACUAUGAAAUGUAAGGAAAGGGUAUGUUAGCAAGUGUUAUGGUCCAUGGAAAUCACACCCAUAGUUAAAAGAAUCUUAAUAUAAUAUUUUCAUGAACUAAGACUCAUGAGAGAAAUCUCAUAGGUUAUUGUGUACAAUUGUAGUUCAUUUCCUAGCUUAGCUAUAGAAAGUUUGAGUCAAGAGGAUUUGUAUUCCUUAUAUUCCAUAUAAUCCAGUUCAACAUAUGGAAUCUAUGGGUUUGGAUUCUAUGUAAUAUUAACUUUGUAAUCUCUAAGGAUCCUAUAUCCCUAAAAUUCUGUAAUUCUAACUAAUAACUUUUAAAAUGCUUCCUAUAUGAAAAUAGCAGUUUUGAAGUGUGUACUGGUGUGAUGUAACUAGCUGACUUUCUAUACCAAACUUAUGUUUUUCUACCUUUGGAUACUGGCUGAGACAGUGACUCAUUGGCUGUUCUCUGGUAUGUCUAUUUGGCAACACUGCUAAUUGCUAGAAAGAAAUGGCAGCCCAUUCUGUUGAGAUUUUUAAACCAGGAAUUCAGAAUUUUAAAGUUACCUAUUGGUUUGGACAGUCCUCACUUUCUUCUAUUAUUUCAGUGCCUACAUACUACUAAAAAGACAAAAACCUUAUCACAGGGAUCAGUAUCUCUCAUUCUGAAAGUGGUACCCAAAAUGAUUUUUAAUCAUUUAAUGAAUUGCUUCUGUGCCGACUAUGUUUUUUCUCUCUUUCUAAGAAGCCCAUCUACUCUGAGUCAAAACACAAGUACUGGACUAUAUGCAGUCCUGCGGGAGCCUAGCCUCCAAUUUUAAGGGGAUACUCUCUUUUUUCUGGCUAUUUAACCCCCCACCAUGGUGCCCUGCAGAUAAAUUGUAGAAAGCUUAAGUUUAGGCCCCUGUCUAGGGUUUUGCCAAAAGGGGAAUUUAAAAGGUAUUCAGUGUGUAAUGUGAAUCAGAUAUGGGACAGGUAUUUAUUUUCUACAUAACAGUAUUAUCAUCUACUGGGAGGAUGAUAUUUAAAGUUUAUCGGAACUUAAAGCAGUUUUCAAGAUUGAUGAUUAACCAUUUUACAUUUCACAUCACCUCUGCCGUGUACAAAAAUUUCCCCAGUACAGUCUUGGAUCAAUAUUCUUGUUUGUGAUCAUAUUCUCUAAUGCCCAAGUUUUUUCUGACAUCAGCCAAAUAUUCUCUCUGGACCUUAUGAGUUAUGGAGUUCACCUCCAAACCUGGUUAUGUCCACCCCAAUGCUGAUAUUCUAUAUUUUCGAAUACUUGAAAACUGCUUUAAGUUCUGAUAAACUUUAAAUAUCACCCUUCCCGUAGACGAUAAUACUGUUGUGUAGAAAAUAAUCAGGGAAAGGAAAAACAAAUUGGAAAAGGAAAAGAGGACUGGUAUAAACUCUUUUAUUUGAGACCAUGUUUCACAUAGGAGUGGUGAGGGGUUAGAGGGAAACAGCACAACUUAUUCUCAUCACCCCAUCACCGAGAAUCUAGAGAUAAAGUCCACUGUUUGCUGUAUGGGAGACUUGAUGCAAAACAUAUUAAAUUGAAAGCUGUCUCUUUUUUUAACUGCCUCAGCACUCAGUCCGCCUGCCAUGGUCAUGGGGUAAGAAGAGGAUCAAGGGACCACUAAGGGUUUAUUACAUCAUACUAAAACACCACAUGGCUAGAAGAAGGCCCAUAAACCUCCAGCUGGUUGAUUAGAAUCAGGAAGGGCAACUCUGACCAUACUCCAUGGAGUGGCUCCCAGAAUUGUUGAGUAUGUGGCAAAACUGAAACUAAACUCUACCGUCUCUUCUUUUCUUCCCUCUGUACCUAUCUUCUUUCCUGGAUAGCCAGAAUAUAAAAAGUAAAAAUCCUAGAGGAACAUUCUCCUCUGCCAAUAGAAUCAGUCAGCUAGACUCCCUAACUGGGCACCAUUAACUAUCACUGUUUUCUGCUUUAAUCAACUUACCAUUUUAAUCAUUACUCCUUUUACCAUUCAUUCACUAGGGAGAACCACUGUGGAUGCUACACAUCCUCCCAAACCCAGCCCUGGAGUCAAAGAAUACAUUAAGGCUUAUUUGGCACCUUCCAUCCUCUGGAAAGGUUGCAGAUCCCUGCUCUAUUAAAAAACAUUUUUCCCUUUGGUAUCAUAAUGUGAUAUUAUUGUCAAACCUUCAGAAUCCACAUAAUAUUGGCUACAUGUGGCACAUCAGUUUGCAACUUUGGACUGGAAACCUGAAAGUCAAAUGAGAAGAUGAGUGGUGUGUAGGUGCUACACUCAGUGUUAGGAGGACAGAUUUCUAAUCCCAUCUUAAACUUGCCCAGGUAAACCUGGGCACGUCACUUAGCCUCUCUUGGCCUCAGUUUCCUCAUCUGUAAAAUGUAGGGAUUGGACUUGAUGCCUUCUAAGAUCCCUUCCAUCUCUAAGUCUUUGAUCUGAAUAUUUCUGUUCAUACUUAGGUUUGGAGAGAAAAGAAUCUCAAGAUAGAAUUGUGGGGAGGGGUGGGGAGGGAAAAGCAUCCAAAGGUUUGGAAAGUAUGAAAAAUCAGGUAUUAGCCAAAUGACCUUUUAUUUAGUUGAAUAUCUUUGGGAAAGUCAAAACAUCAAAAAUUAAUGUCUUGCCUUUGAUCUCUAAUUAAUAAACCCAGUUAACUUGAUUUAGUUAGCUGGGCAUGGUUUGCUAACUCUCGUCACUGAAUAUGAAUUAGGGGAAAACGUCAGCCUCCUGUGUGAUGGCAAUAUCUGAAUGUCUUUCACAUUUGUUUUAAGACUAUGUAAAAUUUUAUACAUAAAAUAUAAAGAUCUCUUUCAUCUUUAAUGCA